AUAAAGGAUGCUGGGCUGUACGAGAGGAGGGGGAAGGGGGAUAGUGGAUGUAUCUAUCGUUCCUUUUUAUCUAAUAUACCGCCACGGCCAUUGUUGAAUACGACUACAUUAUUCGGUAGAAGCCAUGUCGCUUCUAUCAGGUCUCGCAGAUUUGAUCGGAUCCUCUACCGCAUUUUUUCUUCUUGUCCUCGCCUGGUAUGUAACCUCAGCUGUUUAUUCAUGGUACCGUCUUCGCCAUGUACCGGGCCCGUUCCUGGCAUCAUUUUCGUACCUGUGGCUAGCUUACUAUGCUUUGAGCGGCAAACAGCUUGAGAUCAUCGAUUAUAUCGGCAAGAAGUACGGUUCGCUCAUUCGACUCGGCCCCAACGUGCUCUUAUCGGACGAUCCAGAAGUCAUAAAGUCCUUGUCGAGUGCGAAGAGCAAGUAUAAGAAGUCGACCUGGUACCUUGGGAGUCGCUUCAAUCCGUACCAUACAACUAUGUUCAUAACGCUGGACCCGAUAGCUCACGACAAGACCAAGGCUCAGGUUUGGCCUGGAUAUAGUGGCCGCGAUAAUCCCAAUUACGAGUCUGACAUCGACUCUCAAAUUAGCAAUUUCGUUAGCAUCAUUCGGAAGAGAUAUAUCACAAUAGCGGGUGUAGGGGGAUACCGCCCCUUGAAUUUAGCGCAGACCGUUUCGUACUUCACCAUAGAUGUUAUAUCAAAGUUGUCAAUAGGACAAGAAUUCGGAUGUCUGGAAACCGAAACGGACCGUCAUGGAUUCAUCGAAACCACCCACAAACAACUUCUCCUGAUAGCUAUAGCACAGGAUGUGCCCUUAGUUCGGAAUAUUGCCUACUCAACACUCGGGUUGAAGAUUUGGGGACCCAAGGAAACCGACAAAAAAGGGCUAGGGAGAAUUAUGCACAUAGCAAACGAGGCCGUACGAAAGCACUUCAAACCGGAUGCAGAUAAGGAUGAUAAAGCCGUGUUAGCCUCGUUUAUGAGACAUGGUCUAACGCAGCCUCAAUGUGAAGUAGAGUCAAUCUUCAUGUUUGUGGCUGGCUCCGAUACAACCGCAUCUGCGAUCCGGGCUACACUGCUGCAUAUCUUUUCGAUACCGCGGGUAUACCAGCGUUUGAAAGAUGAGAUAAGAUCAGCUGUCGUAGAGGGAGGGGUAUCGCAUCCUAUUACACAAGCGGAGGCUAGAGAGUUGCCAUACCUCCAGGGUGUAAUUUACGAAGGCUUGCGGAUACGCCCCGUGACGACUGCCAUGAUAGCCAAAGAAGUGCCUCCCGAGGGCGACACGAUUAAUGGCAAAUUCAUUCCCGGGGGAAUGAUAGUCGGUUCAAAUUUCCAGUCACUUCUGCGCUCAAAGGUUUUGUUCGGUGAAGAUUCGGACAUGUUUCGACCAGAAAGAUUCCUGGAACUCGACCAGAAAGCUCGCGCUGAAAUGGAGCGGAAUGUCGAACUUUCUUUCGGGUACGGCAGAUGGAUGUGUGCCGGAAAGCCUAUUGCAUUCAUGGAAUUGAAUAAGAUCUUCUUCGAGUUGCUGCGAAAUUUCGACUUUCAGCUUGUAAAUCCUCAGAAACCGAUGACUACUGCUAGUUAUGGUCUUUACAUUGAUGAAGGACUCGUUGUAAGAGUGACGGAAUCUGAUAUUGCUCAUUGAUUUUGGUGAUAAUUGAUGAAUGAUUAGUACUACAAGUUGGAAGUUUCAAUGAUGGGAUGCAUUCCUAUUAGUCAUAUGUGGAUGAGAGGUGGUAGCUUCCAGGUUAGUGACCUGUUAGUGACCUAUUUUAUAGGUGUUGGUAAUAAAAAAUAGAGUUACUCCAA